AUGGGCCUGAGGUGGGGCGGGCGGUGCGCGGCCUUCUUGGUGGCGGCGCUGGCGCUGGACGCGGCGGGGCUGGGGCUGGUGCUGGCGGGGGCGGUGGGCCACCCGAGGCUGGAGGACGGCGCCUCCUUCGAGGACUUCCUGGUGCUCUCGGGGGCCCUGCUGCUCUUCCUCUCGCUGCUCUGCUGGCUCUUCUGGUACUCGGGCAACCUCCGCGGCAUCCCGGACCCCCAGGAGGCCCCCCUCCGCCCCCCGCCCAGCCUCCUCCGCCUGGCCGCCAAGCUCUCCCAGCGCCUCUCCCAGCGCCAGCGGCCCCAGCAGCCCCGGGCCCCGGGCCCCCCGGCCCUGGAGCUCAGCCAGAGGAGCCCCGCCGGCCCCCAGGAGCGCCUGGUCUGAAGCAGGUCAAUGUGUGGCACUGCCUAUCCAUGUGCCAACCCACAGGACACCAUGAUGAUAUUCAUUGGCAGAACUCCUGCCUUGUGCCACAACUGCUGGAAGAACCUGCUAUCUUGUAUGUCAGGGAUUUCUUUUGUUUUGCCAAGGACUCUUCUCUCAAAAUAUUGUACAGCCCCCUCUUUGAAUGACGUUUACACAGAAAUCACCUCCAGUAACUUUGGACCUUGUCUGAUCAAUGGAGUCAGUCACCCUUGAACUGCAGAACGAAUUGGUGAUGCUGAAUUCCCAUGAAGGAUUGUCACUGUGAGCUUUGCUGCUGUGUUUUCUAUAGCACUCUAUGGUGAUUUCUCUGCCCAGUAGGGCUAUGUAUUUAAAAUCUAUUAAGACUCUUGUUGACCUACACUUGUUAAGCUGUGCGAGUGAACUGGCAUCCCCUUUGGUACCUCUUCUAUACAAGAUUUCGGGUAUGGCCGGUUUGUGCAAUG